CUGAACGUGACGUCAUGAAUUUUCUGUCCCGAAAAAGGGAACAAGUCGUCAGGGUGGAUAACGCAACGCAGGAAAUUUUGGUUUUAUUGUCUGCAGUUUUUAGAUAAGACAAUAUUAGUUAUGUCAGAGUCAGAGACAAACAUGGAAACUUGCAGUCUACCAGAUGAAAGGCUAGAAGACAGAAAGUUGGAAUCUACAACAGUGGUGAAAAGCUUGUCAGAAAGAUUACAGGAAACUGAGCAGUACAAAAAAGAACGCGACGAGUGCAUCAAGAUGUUUGAAAAGUGGAAUGAGACAGAACAAGUGACUUUUGUUGAGAAUUUACUUUCUAGAAUGUGCCAUUAUCAACAUGGACAAAUUAACUCAUUUCUAAAACCAAUGCUGCAGCGUGACUUCAUUUCUGCUUUACCAGCCAAAGGUCUUGAUCAUAUUGCUGAGAACAUUUUGGCAUACCUAGAUGCCAAAUCACUCUGUGCUGCAGAAUUGGUUUGUAAGGAGUGGUAUCGAGUCAUUUCAGAAGGCAACUUAUGGAAAAAACUUAUCGAGAGAAAAGUUCUUACGGACAGUCAGUGGAAAGGUCUUUCAGAGAGGCGCAGCUGGGACCAGUACUUAUUCAAACAGAGACACGGUGAUGUGCCUAAAGAUCACAAGUUCUACAGAAUGCUUUACCCACAGAUUAUUCAAGAUAUUGAACGGAUAGAAAAUAAUUGGAGAACAGGAAGACAUACACUCCAGCGAAUUCACUGCCGUAGUGAGACCAGCAAAGGGGUUUAUUGUUUACAGUAUGAUGACCAUAAAAUCAUCAGUGGUCUCAGGGAUAACACAAUCAAGGUGUGGGAUCGGCAUACACUGGAGUGCGUUCAGGUGUUAACUGGUCACACAGGGUCAGUGCUGUGCCUUCAAUAUGAUGAAAAUAUCAUUAUCUCAGGAUCCAGUGACUCUACAGUAAGAGUGUGGGAUGUGAAAUCUGGAGAGAUGAUGAAUACGUUGAUUCACCAUUGUGAGGCUGUUCUUCAUCUACGAUUUUGUGAUGGAAUUAUGGUCACCUGCUCAAAGGACCGAUCAAUUGCGGUGUGGGACAUGCAGUCACCAACAGAAAUAAACCUGCGACGAGUGUUGGUUGGCCACAGAGCAGCUGUAAAUGUUGUAGACUUUGAUGAGAAAUACAUUGUUUCUGCUUCUGGUGAUAGAACUAUUAAGGUAUGGAACACUUCUACCUGUGAGUUUGUGCGUACCCUAAAUGGACAUAAGCGUGGCAUUGCGUGUCUACAAUACCGUGAUCGACUGGUGGUUAGUGGCAGUUCAGAUAAUACCAUCAGGUUGUGGGAUAUUGAGUGUGGAGCUUGCUUGCGUGUUCUAGAAGGACACGAGGAGCUUGUGCGUUGCAUCAGGUUUGAUAACAAGCGAAUUGUCAGUGGUGCCUAUGAUGGGUGAGAAUCUUUUUUUGUGAA